GUGGCAUCAAAGAGCUGCUGGCUGCAAAAUGCCGCCAUGCGCAAAGGCUGUCCCGCCCCUCGGGGACCAGCAUAAAAGCCGGCCCAGCGCCUCUCGCCCUCACACACUCUCCUGACACCUUCUCCUCCCUCCGUGCUCAACAAGGGCCCCUCCACACCACACACAUGGCCUGCUACGACGUCUGCCGCCCCUGCGGACCCACCCCGCUGGCCAACAGCUGCAACGAGCCCUGUUCCCUGCAGUGCCAGGACUCCCGUGUCCUCAUCCAGCCUUCCACUGUUGUGGUCACCCUGCCAGGACCCAUCCUCACCUCCCACCCCCAGAGCACCGCCGUUGGAUCCUCCGCAUCGGCUGCCGUGGGCAACGAACUCGGCGCUCAGGGAGUUGCUGUCAACUCCGGCAGCUUUGGCUACGGCUUCGGAGGCCUGGGUGGCUUCGGAGGCCGGGGCUGCUUCAAUGGUAGAAGGGGUGGAUACAUCUGCUAAGGGCUCUUGCCACCACCCCUGAUGCCAGCCACAAACACCCUGGAAGCCACAGCACGGAUUGAGGACACGUACCUCUAUGCUCUUCCUGGCACAUGGACCUGCUGUCCUUGGCUCCUCCUCUCACAGCACCAAGCAUGGAAGUAGGGAAGGGGCCAGCGUGGGCUGCCUGCAGAUGUGGCGAAUGGUCCUUCUCCCCUAGUCCCACAUCUUUCUUUGCACCUCAGACUUGUGCUGUUUCACUUGGCACUCCUGCCUUUUCACUUUUCUCCCUCAAUAAAGUUCUCCUUCAUCCCA